AUGGGCGGAGCUGAGGGACUAGCCCGCGGCGAGGGGCUGCUCAUCGACCAGCAGCUCUUCGAGCGGGAGCUGCUGGGCGCGUGGUCGGCCGGCGACGGGGCGGCGGUGGCCGCCGCCUUCUUCAAGACCAGGAACUUCCCCAGCUUCAUCCGGCAGCUCAACCUGUACGGCUUCCGCAAGCUGGGGCCGGGGCCGGCGGGCGGCGCGGCGGGGCACGGGGCUCUGCAGGGCCUGGCGGGGGGCGACGACGGCAGCUCCGCCGGGCCCCUGCUCCACUUCCGCAGCCCCCAUUUCCGCCGCGACCGCCCCGAGCUCCUCGUCCGCCUGAAGCGCCUGACGAGCGCCAACAAGGCGAAGCUGGCGGCCAGCCUGGAGGUGCCCAGCCGCCCGCCCCAGCGCUCCUGGCAGCUGCUCGGCGAGGCUGCCAGGCCCGGACUGGUGACUGUAGGACAGGUUCAUCAACCUGCUCAUCCAGACAGCUUCUUUCCUUACUCCAACAGAGCGGCCUCAUGCCAGAACCCCACUGCUUUCCCAACCAAGACUUUCCAGCAGACUCCAGUCCCUUCCAGAACAUGGCAGGGUUCUUUUGGGUUGCUGCCAGGGCACGGGGCUUCCCCAGCUUUCCCAGGCCAAGGGGCUCCCUUUCCCAUCCUCCACAAGUGUUCCACAGAGGUCACAUACACUCUCCAGACCGUGUUCUCCCUUCUGCCGCUUCAGCGAGGGGCUCCAACUGGUGCCGCUUCCCUUCCACAACACGGCAGCUGCGUGUCUCCAGGGCAGUGCUCGCGAGCCCCCAAUCCAACACGUAUGGCAAAAGUUCUGCACUUGCUGCUCAAGAAGUUAUUGAAAAGUGAUACAUGAAAUGUUUUUUUCAGUGCUCUGUCACUAUGUGUGUAUCUCACAUGUGCUUC